AUGACCGCUACCACAUACCCAGAGUUCAACGACAAGACUGAAGGUCUUGAGGUCGCUCGUGCUUUUGCAGAUUCCGUCCGUGGCAAGACCGCCAUAGUGACAGGCGUCAACGCCAAAGGAAUUGGCUUUACCACCGCUGAGGCCCUGGCUUCUCAAUCUCCUGCCCACUUGAUCAUUGCCAGCCGGACGCCAUCCAAAAACAAAGAAACCAUUGAGACUCUCAGGGCCAAGUUCCCCGAUGUGGACUACCGUUCGCUCGAGAUCGAUCUCUCCAGCCAGAAGGCUGUCCGCGGUGCAGCCGCAGAAGUAUUGUCAUGGGCCGACGUGCCGACUAUUGACAUCGUCAUCAACAGCGCGGGAAUCAUGAAUAUCCCCGAGCGCACCAUCAACGAAGACGGCAUCGAGAUCACGUUCGCCACCAAUCACAUCGGCCACUUCCUGUUCACCAACCUGAUCAUGCCGAAGCUCAUCAAAGCCGCAGAAGCGAACCCGACCAAGGGCGCGACGCGCGUCAUCAACGUCUCUUCGCUCUCGCCCACGGUGGCAACCAUGCGCUGGUCCGACCUGAACUUUGAAAAGAAGAACAAAGAUCUGCCAGAACAAGAGCAGCCCGCCUAUGACUUUCACCGCUCUUGGGGUUCAGAGGAUCCGGAAAACCUUUCUUACAUCCCGGUGGAAGCGUACAGCCAGAGCAAGGUCGCCAACGUCCUAUUUGGCAUAGGUUUGACCGAGCGGAUGUUUGAAAAGUAUGGCAUUCUGGGACUAUCACUGCACCCAGGCAUAAUCCCAACAGAAUUAUCGAGGAGUGCUUCACCACACGUGAUAGCUGCCGUGGGUAAGUUGUUGGAAAAGGGAAUGUAUCAAUUCAAGACUCAGGGUGCUGGUGCAGCGACAAGUAUUGUCGCGGCACUUGAUCCGAAGCUGGGAGCGCCAGAACGCCGGCCUGGCAAGAAGGAAAAUUAUGGCGCCUUUUUGUUGGAUUGCCAGAUUAGCGAUUUGCCGGUUCCCUUAGCGGUCUCGAGCACUGAGGCCGAGAGGUUGUGGAAGUUGUCCGAAGAUUUGGUUGGACAGAAGUUUAAAUGGUAA